GCGGAGGCGGCGCACAAGGCCGCCGAGGCCGCGGCGGAGAAGGCCCAGCACGCGCGGGACGCGGAGCUGGAGGGGGCCAUGAGCGCGGCGUCGAUGAAGGCCAAGGCGGAGGAGAACGCCAACCGAAUGAAGGACGCGGUGAAGAAGCUCUGCUCCGAAGUUUCUGUUCUGCGGACCAUCAAGGGCAAGCUGCAACUCCCACCGACGUCACCCUUGGCCUCGCUCGAGGUGGACGCCGUCCUCGACGACGCCGAGGUGGAGAAGGACCUGGAGGAUCAGCUGCAGGCCAUGGUGCUCUCGCGCAUGCUGGCCCAGGAGCGCCUGCUGGACGCCGAGCUCGACCGCCAGCAGCUGGAGGACGACAUCGAGAUCAGGGGAGACGAGCUGGCCAGGAAGGCGAUGGAUGUGGGUGGCGACAUGACUGCCCAGUACCAGGAGGCGAUCCGAACGGUGGACGCGGCCUCCUCCAAAGAGCUGAACCUGCUCAAGGCCAAGGUCGAGGAGCUCAGCAAAGCGUCACAGAAGGAGUCGAGGCUGAGGGAGCGCGAGGAGGAGGUGAGGAUCGAGCUCGAGCAGCUCGAGGACCGCAUCGACAAGCUGGACGAGGAGAACAGCAGGACGGGCGUGGCGCCCUCCUACCCACUGCAGCCUUCGAGGAGGUGGUGGAGGAGGAGGAGGAGGACGAGGAGGGGUGAGGGGUGCCCGAGGACCUGCUUCAGAAGCUCUUCGCCGACAACAGCGAGGCCCGGGCGAAGACGACAGAGGACGCGGAGCGGGCCAGCAGCCUGA